CUGCCAGACAAAAACUUCUUGGCAGAGCUCCGCUGCGUCGGGAUCUGGGACCCAAAUCAACUGAAACAAAACUUGUGACAGGAGAAAAGUUGAUGCCGGAGCUUUUAAAGACUUCAGACGGCCACAUGAAGUCCAAACUAAACAUGGAGAGACUGAGCAAGCCGGAGCUGCUGAUGCUGUUCAGUGUCCUGGAGGGAGAGCUGGAGGCCCGGGAUCUCGUCAUCGAAGCCCUCAAGGCCCAGAGAAAGGAUCUGUUUGUCCAGGAGCGCUAUGGUCGGUACAACCUCAGUGACCCGUUCUUGGCUCUGCAGAGAGACAGUGAGGUGGUGGGGGGGCACAAGGAGCAGAGGGACCAGGGCUAUUCCUCCUCCACCUCCAACCCUCUGGUGGUGCUCAAACUGGUGGUGAGCCACUGCAGGAGGAUGCAGGACAAGAUGCUGGCCCAGCUGGCAGCGGCCGAGAGCAGGCACAGGAGGGUUAUUGCAGAUCUGGAAGAGGAGAAGAGGAGGCACGCUGAGGACACAGCCGAGGGAGAUGACGUGACCUACAUUUUAGAAAAAGAAAGAGAGCGUUUACAGCAGCAGUUGGAGUUUGAGCGCAGUCAGGUGAGGAGGCUGGAGAAGGAGCAGAGGCGUCUCACAGAGCAGCUGGAGGAGGAGAGGGCGCAGCAUAAACAGCUCUCCUGUGCUUUGGCCAAAGAGUGUAAAUGGGCCAGUGCCAGAGCUCUGGAGGAGGGACACAGACUCUCUGAGACGAGCCGCAAACUUGACAAGGAGCGCGAGUCCUGUCACAGCCUGAAGAGGGAGCUAGAGGAGGAGCGCAGGAAGGCUCUGAGGAUGGAGGCCCGGGUGGAGGAGCAGCUGGCCGAGUUUGACACAGAGAGAGAGCAGCUCAGAUCACGACUCAAGAAGGAGGAGGCCCACUGCUGUCAGCUACAACUACAGGUGGAGGAGCUGCGGAGAAAGUUGGAGGAGGUGACCAGCACUACAGUGUCUGACUGCACAAGACUAGCUGUGGACAAAGGACAGGAGUGGGCCACUAAAGUCCCUCCUACCAAAGUGGUCCACAUGAAGCUGGAAGAUCUAGAGGAGGACAGAACUCAGGUCCAACCAUGUGUGAAGAUCAAUGGUCAUCACAGCCCCCCAGAGACCAACGGGCACAAUGGACCAAUCCUGGAUAAAGUUCACCUUCAGAAUGGAACUGACAUCCAAAGUACUAUUCUCCCUCCCCUCUCCCCAUCCACAUCUCCAAACCUCACCAGACACCCUGCCUCCAGUCCUCCCACUUCCUACCAAUCUCCAUACCAGGCCGGAAUCCACCAACGCUUCCACGCCGCUCGCCACAAAUUCCAAGGCACUUCCGAGACCGAACCUGCCCUUUCCCCCCCGUCAAAGGAGCAACUAUCUACAGCCAGUCCUCCUGACGCUAGCCCGGUGAAACAGCUAGCCCGAAGCACCGUCACCCAAGUCCUGUCCCGCUUCACCAGUGCCCAACCCAAGAUAACCACGCCCAAUCCCUCGCCAUUCGGGACGGAUUAUCGCAACCUGGCCACGCCCCUGUCUCCUGUGAUCGGCCGAGCGACUGGAGCGUUGCAGCAGGGUGUAAAGUCGCCGUCUAUUUCCAGGGCGGAGAGGGGCAUACCGCCGCCCAUCCCCCCAAAGAAACCUGGCCUGGCACAAGCUCCGCCCUCGCCCGCUACAACGCCCAAGUCUGGAGGGCAUAUGUCCGACAGUUCUAUGACAGGAAGUUGUGGGCUCAUUUCGAGUCAGGAAGGGGUCAAAGAGAUGGAUAUGGUGGUGUCAUCCAGCUAAGAUAAAAAAAUUAAUAAAAAAAGAAAAUGGACUAUAAUUUUAAAAUACAUUGCUGCUCUGCUUAUGACAUCAUGUAAUUUCACUUUUCAGUAAUGACAACUCAGAUUAGCCUUAACGAAGUAUGAAAAAUUUAUGAUUCAUAAAGAAUAAAUAGUAGUCAAAUCUUAUUUAGGCUUAGUCUUUGUAACUGUUAAACUAAUAUUCUAUGCGUAACUUUUUAAUUAAGUAGUUACUAAGUCUGAACCAUUCUUAAACUAUUAAUAGAGUAUUUGUUCAUUAUGAAUAAAAUUUUCCUUAUGCUUUGUAAAAGGUGCACUGUACAACUUUUGAAGUGGACAGUGCACCACCUCCUCACCAAGUCUCACGUCAGAUUGGCGAAGCAUUUUUUUUAAGUAACAGGACACCUGCAAUUUAAUGAAUACAGUUAAAUGUCAUACUGUGUGCAAUUCCAAGCAAAGCAAUAACAUUUCCAUGGACACAAGCAGGUGGCGGACCAUCCACUGGAAAAGUUACAGUGCACCUUUAAUUAAAGCUUAUUAACGUGUAUCCAGCCAUUGAAAAUGAACUGAGACUCUUUCCAACCCAAGAAUGUAUACAAUGUAAAAGGUUCAGAUACUACUUUUGCCCUUAAAUAAUUGUGCAUAUUACUUUUAUCAAUACUUUUUUAAUAUUAACAAAGAUGGAUCAGUUUAUCUCGCUUAUUAAUUUCUUCUUCAGCACCAUUCCUAGUGUAAGUAAGUACUUGUCGUAGUACUUUGACCAGUGUACAUUGUCAAGUAGUUUGAAAGGACACUCACAUUAGAGAAGUCCUUUUGAAAUGUAAAUAAGUAUGUUUAUAAUACUUAAAUAGUGUUUUUACUUCAGAUACUGGGUAUAUUUUUACUCUAAGUCAUUGUGUAGUUCACCUUGUAAUACUUUUGGAUGAAAGACCAAUGCACUUAUAUACAUUGUUUUAUAUUAAAUCAAAUCAGAUGAUGGCUUUGUUUAUCAUUCCUUUAAACAUGCUGGAAUAUUAAAAUUAACAUAUUUAAUAAAUACUGUAUGAAUGUAUUAAACUUA